AUGUGGGAGCCUCGACUCCUCCUGCUGCUGCUCUCAGUGGCCCUGGCCCUGACCCAGACCUGGGCUGGCCCCCACUCCCUGCAGUAUUUCUACACUACCGUGUCCCGGCCCGGCGGGGGGGAGCCCCGCUUCAUCGUCGUCGGCUACGUGGACGACACGCAGUUCGUGCGCUUCGACACCGACUCGGCGAGUCCGAGGAUGGAGCCGCGGGCGCCGUGGAUGGAGCAGGAGGGACCCGAGUACUGGGAGGGGGAGACGCGGAAACUUAAGGGCAAAGCACUGACUUUCAGAGGGAGCCUGAGCAACCUGCGCGGCUACUACAACCAGAGCGAAGCGGACUCUCACACCUACCAGAGAAUGUCCGGCUGCGACGUGGGGUCCGACGGGCGCCUCCUGCGCGGGUACCGUCAAGACGCCUACGACGGCGCCGACUACAUCGCCCUGAACGAGGACCUGCGCUCCUGGACGGCGGCGGCGGGCACGCAGGCUUGGAGAACCCUGAGCAAGUGGGAGCAGGCGGGUGAGGCUCAGCACAGCAGGAACUACGUGGAAAACGUCUGCGUGCCUUGGCUCCUCAGAUACCUGCAGAACGGGAAGGACACUCUGCUGCGCGCAGAAGCCCCUAGAAGACACAUAACCCACCACCCAUUCUCUGACCGGGAGGUCACCCUGAGGUGCUGGGCCCUGGGCUUCUACCCUGCCGAGAUCACCCUGACCUGGCAGCGUGAUGGGGAGGACCUGACGCAGGACACAGAGCUGGUGGAGACCAGGCCUUCAGGGGAUGGAACCUUCCAGAAGUGGGCGGCUGUGGUGGUGCCUUCUGGAGAGGAGCAGAGAUACACGUGCCGUGUGCAGCACCAGGGGCUGCCGGAGCCUGUCACCCUGAGAUGGGAGCCCCCUUCUCAGCCCACCAUCCUCACUGUGGGCCUCAUUGUCGGCCUGGCUGUCCUCUGGAUGGUGGUCACUGGAGCUGUGGUGGCAGCUGUGAUCAGCAGGAUGAAGCACUCAGGUGAGAAAGGAGGAAAGUACACUCAGGCUGCAAACAGCGACAGCAGUUCCCAGGGCUCUGAUGAGUCUCUCUCGAACCCGAACCCGUAG